CUGAGUUUAAGGGGACAGAGUAUUCCAGCAUCAUAUUUCUAAUGGUUUGUAAUUGGCAAGAUAUCUAGCUACCUGUUAAGGUGCUGUCGAGUAUCGCGUGCCACAGGAUCCUGCAGGAUAGAAUACACAAGCACCUAACCUCGUCCAUAAAUACCCGAAUAUCCCCGUCUCAAUUUCGCUCUCAAUCGAUCCCUUUUCACUUUCAAUCAUCAUGACCAAAACAAUCCUCAUCCUCGGCGGCUCCUACACAGGAGUCUCCACUGCCCACUACACCCUCAAACACGUCCUCCCUUCACUCCCUUCCACAGAUUCAGACCCCUACCAGGUCAUCCUCGUCAGCCCCUCAACAACUCUGUUCUGCCGCCCCGCCAGCCCACGCGCUUUAAUCUCCGACAGCUUCUUCGACCAGUCCAAACUCUUCGUCCCGCUAGAAGAGCAAUUCACCCAGUAUGACAGCAACAGUUUUAAAUUCAUCCACGGCCACGCCAAGUAUCUGGACCACGAGAACCGCAGCGUGACUGUAUCUUUAGUCGCCGACAAAUCCACCUCAGAGACAGAAGAAGGGUCAGAGAUUCAAAUCGCAUAUCACGCGCUAAUAAUCGGGACUGGCUCUUCCACCCCGUCACCGCUACUAAGUCUGAACGCGGACGGAAAAGACGAAUUGAAAGCGCAAUGGGAAACAUUCCGCUCUGCACUGCCUUCUGCGAAAUCAAUCGUCGUCGCGGGCGGUGGUCCAGCUGGGAUCGAGACGGCUGGUGAACUGGGUGAGCAUUUGAAUGGCCGCGCUUGGUGGUUUAAUUCCAAGCUUGAAGAUCCGAAAGUCAAGAUUACCGUUGUUACAUCAGGCUCGGAGGUGUUGCCGUAUUUAAGGCCUGAGAUUGCCAGGGUCGCAGAGGGGUUUCUUGCGAAAGUUGGUGUGGAGGUUAUCAAGGAUGUCAAGGUUGAGUCCGUUACGCCUUCCGAUGCAGGGAGGAAAGAGGCUGUUGCGGGCAAGGCAGAGGUGAAAUUGAGUAAUGGAGAAACUAUGCAAGCGGAUCUGUAUAUCCCUGCGUAUGGGAUGGAUCCGAAUACGGAGUUCGUGCAGCAGAGUCUGAAAGGUACUGAUGGACGGGUUACUACCAAUGCGGAGACACUGAGGGUUGAUAAGGCUGGCCCACGGGUUUAUGCUGCUGGUGAUGCCUCGGACUAUGCACGGCCUGCUAUCCCUAUUAUCGCGCAGGCGAUUCCGGUGCUGUGUGCGAAUUUGAAGCGCGAUUUAGAAGCGGAGGCUGGACAGCCGGUGUCUGGGGAGGAUCGGCUGUACAAGGUUGAUCCCAGAGAGACGCAGCUGGUUCCCAUUGGGCAGAGCAAGGGCGUUGGUGCUGCAAUGGGCUGGAAGGUGCCGAGUUUUCUCGUUUGGCUGAUCAAGGGAAGGGAGUACUGGGUUGGCAUGGUUGGGGCGACGUGGAGUGGAACGCAGUUUGCCAAAGCAUAGACAAGUCAAUAUGGAAGACCACUAAGAGACAGCAUAUCUAGCUAGCUACUAAUCUAAUGAUUGACCAAAUCAGGUCCUGGACUGCCAUGUAUGCCCAGGUGGCCGACUUUGCGAGUUGGAAGGCCCGGCUGACGACUCGGGAAGGGUUGGACUGGCCAUGAGGGUCUGAGACGGGUAAGGACCAGGCGUAUUGACCGACAUUGCUAUGCCGGGAUAGGUCGUCGUAGAAGCUGAGACCUGGUUCGCGAUGUUCGCCACCACCAGGU